CCAAGGAGAAGACGGACGCGGAGCUGGCGUCUCUGCAAGACGUGCUUCGCAAGGAGACUGUCAAAGAGGAAGAGACGCAGCAGCUGUUGAAGGAAGCGACGGAGACGAACCAGGUGGUGAUGGAGCGGCUGCAGAAGGCGCAGGCGGAGAAGCAGACGACGCAGAGCACGCUCGCGGAGAAGCAGCUGCAGCUGCAGCAGAACGAAGAGACCAAGACGCUGAUCGUGAAGAACAUGCAGCAGAAGCAGGCGUCCUGCGAGGAGGAGCUGAAAGAGCUGAAGAGCUCCAUUGCCUCGCUGCAGGAGAACUAUCGGUCGAACUUGGUGGCGGUGACGCGGCUGCAGGCGGAGACGCAGAACGAUCAGCUGCAGCUGGAUGACGUGUCGCGACGCGUGCUGGAGAUGCAGGAAGAGGAAAAGCGGCUGAUGCAGGUGCUGCAGGAGAAGGAAGCGUUCAAUGCAUCGCGGCGAAGCGAAGUGGACCAGCAGAAGCAGGGUGUUUUGGUGGCGAAGCAGGUUUUGGCGGAGAAGAAUCGGCGAUUGGUGCAGCUGAAUGAGGAUUUGAAGGAGCAGGAAGAGUUGUAUUCGAGCGAGAAGAAGUUGUUGCUGCAGCGACGUGCGACGCAGCAGAAAGAGCUGAGCGAAGGCGACGAGAAGUGGGCGAAAGAGAAGGAGGCAAAGCUGAGUCAGAUAGACCAACUCCAAAGCGAAAUCCAGCAAUUUUCCCAAGCCAACGAGCAGCUUCGCUGUGACGUGGAGGCUCUCCACAAAUCCUCCACCGCCGAGGAGCAGUCCUAUCUCACCAGCGUUCAUCAUCUCCAAGAGCAAAUCCAGCAGCUCCAAACCAUCUGUGACGAUCGCGACCACAAACGCGAGGAAAUCAAAGAAACUGCAGGACGGAUCGAAGAACUCGAGGCACGUGCCCAGGAAAGCGAGCUCACGCGGCGCCGUCUGCACAACACAUUCCAAGAACUCCGCGGAAACCUCCGCGUCAUCGCGCGUGUGCGUCCGCCGCUCCUCUCUGACCGCAUUAACGGGCGUUCUCCCGCGGUUUGGGUGGAGGGCGACGCGACAGUGUGUGUGAAAUACAAAGAGAAAACGACGCGGUUCACGUACGACGGCGCGUUCGGCACGGACUCGACGCAGGAAGAAGUGUUCGACGAGGUCUCGAACUUCGUGCAGAGCGCGCUGGACGGGUACGACGUCUGCUUGUUCACGUACGGGCAGACGGGCAGCGGGAAGACGUACACGAUGCAGGGCGUGGGAGAAGAGGAGGCGCGCGGUAUCGUCCCGCGGAGCAUCGAGAAGAUCAUGGCGGAGGUGGAGCGACUGCGCGAUGUGGGCUGGGAAUACUCGCUGGAAGUGUCGUUCGUGGAGAUCUACCGCGAGGUGGUGCGCGAUCUGCUGGUGCGCGACGCGCGGCCGCACCCGAAGAUCGAGGUGAAGUUCGAUGCGGAGGGCCAUCCGUAUUUGACGAACGUGACGAAGCUGUGCGUGCAGACGCAGCAGCAUAUUCAUCGUCUGAUGGAGGUGGCGUCGGCGUGCCGCGCGGUGGGAAGCACGGAUAUGAACGACGAGUCCUCGCGAAGCCACGUGGUGUUUACGCUAUAUAUCUAUGGGGAGAAUCGCGCCAAGAACAGCGUGAUCAACGGGCGAUUGAAUCUGGUCGAUCUGGCGGGUAGCGAGCGGCUGGACAAGUCGCACUCGAAGGGCGAGUCGCUGGAGGAGGCCAAGUUCAUCAAUCGGUCGCUGAGCGCGCUGAGCAAUGUGUUCAUCAAUAUCCGGAACAACAGUCCGCAUGUAAACUUCCGAGACAGCAAGCUCACGAUGAUUCUGAAGGAUUGUCUCUCCAAAGAAGGCAAGACGCUCAUGUUUGUAAAUCUCAGUCCGGCGAUCGAGUCGGCGCAAGAAAGUCUCUGCUCGCUGAACUUCGCAGCGACCGCGAAUCAGUGCAAGCAGGGACAAGCAAAGCGAAAAGUGACGCGACGAUACUCUGUUUAUUGA